AUGUUUCGUCCAACUUGGCUUUGUUUCCCAAAGGUGGGAUGUGAGGAGAUCACUCGCAAGGCAAGGCGGGUGCAGCUUCGGCCCAUGGAAUACUUGGCACAGCACCGCAUGCAGGUGUGGCAAAUACGAUUUAAAGAAAUGGGGCCUCCCUUUUCAAGGGUUUGGGUUGCGCUCGGAGGCAAAAUGCGGCGGCGGCGUAUUGGGCGUCAGGUGGAUGUAAAAGACUUGCGCUAUUACUGGCGGCCCAUUGAGCCGCAGUACCAGCGCUUGUACAUGUCCCGGCUGCGUCUCCACGAUCAUUCAAAUACGCGGAGGCAGCCGAUGCGUCUGCGGGCGACUAACUACGAAAUUGGACGCUCCACUAGUUGUAUUGAAUGGGAGAGGGCUUCGAACAGGAAGUACGGUGCUCGCCUGGCUCCACCAAAGAGGCUUGACUUUGAGUUUCGCGUUAUUUGA